GGACCUGAGAUGUCGAAAUUCUGAGUGGGGGGACUGUAAUUAUCAAGCUAAACGCUGGGAAUGAACGAGAAACAGUCAUAGUAGUGACGUGUUACGUUAUGUUAAAGAGAUUUCAUUUAAUGAUUGACUUGGAUUAGCUACCUCAGCCGGAUUUAGCUAUUUUUAUUUUGAAAUGUUCAGAAAUUAGAGUGGAGAGGCUUCUCUCCACGGCCCGAGGACAGAACAUGGCGGAACGCUCGGCCAGGAUAUAGCUGGCUUGCUAGCUAGCUAGCUAGCUCAGUAAUAUCAACAGUAAUAAUUAUAGCUAGCUAGGUAAUGAUAACGCAUAAAUACCAGUACCUUCGACAUUGUCUUUGACGGAAAUAGAGACGCGUCUUUGCGAGAAGAAUGCAGUCGGUUUAUCCAAUUAGUUGUGGUCGAACAGUUGCCCAUUUCCAAAAAUGAGAAACGCAAGCUGCUAGCUGGCUGGCUAGUUGUAACUAGCUGGCUGGCUUAGCAAGGCGGCUAACUGGAAAGAGGCGUAGCUACUCUCCGUUUAUACGAGGCGGGUUGUAUGUUCUGGUACUGCUAGCGAGCUGCCCUAGCUGCCGGGGGGAUCUUUCGCCCGGAACGCAGCCCCCACUGGCGCUUUUUGCGAGCACUGGUCGGCGCCCGAAAUUCGGAAAGCCAGGGGCAGGGUCGAGAAGGUUGGAAGACGUACACGAAAACUUUUUUUUUCCGCUGGGGGAUAAACAGACGAGGCUGAUCUGCAGAAAAUGACAGACACUCGCCGACGAGUGAAGGUUUACACCCUCAACGAAGACCGGCAGUGGGACGACCGGGGCACCGGGCAUGUUUCCUCCGGUUACGUAGAGAGGCUGAAAGGCAUGUCCUUGCUGGUGCGUGCCGAAAGCGACGGUUCCCUACUGCUGGAGUCUAAAAUAAACCCCAACACUGCUUACCAGAAACAACAGGACACCUUGAUAGUGUGGUCUGAAGCAGAGAACUAUGACUUGGCCCUGAGUUUCCAGGAGAAAGCAGGCUGUGAUGAGAUAUGGGAAAAAAUCUGCCAGGUCCAGGGCAAAGACCCGUCGGUGGACAUCACCCAGGAGCUGGUGGACGAGUCGGAGGAGGAGCGUUUCGACGACAUGUCCUCCCCGGGCCUGGAGCUGCCGCCCUGCGAGCUAAGCCGGCUGGAGGAGGUGGCGGAGCUGGUGGCGUCCUCGCUGCCCUCCCCGCUGCGGCGCGAGAAGCUGGCCCUGGCCGUGGAAAACGAGGGCUACAUCAAGAAGCUCCUGGAGCUCUUCCACAUCUGCGAGGACCUGGAGAACCGGGAGGGGCUGCACCACCUCUACGACAUCAUAAAGGGAAUCUUUCUCUUGAACCGAACCGCACUUUUCGAGGUCAUGUUCUCGGAGGAAUGUAUCAUGGACGUGAUCGGGUGCCUGGAGUUUGACCCCUCCUUGCCCCAGCCCAGGAGACACAGGGAGUUCCUGACUAAGACCGCCAAGUUCAAGGAGGUCAUCCCCAUAUCAGACCCUGAACUCAAGCAGAAAAUCCACCAGACGUACCGAGUACAGUACAUUCAGGACAUGGUCCUCCCCACCCCCUCCGUCUUUGAGGAGAACAUGCUGUCUACUCUCCACUCCUUUAUCUUUUUUAAUAAAGUGGAAAUUGUUGGAAUGUUGCAGGAUGAUGAAAAGUUCCUGACAGACCUUUUUGCACAACUAACGGAUGAAGCAACCGACGACGAUAAGAGACACGAGCUGGUAAAUUUUCUAAAGGAAUUUUGUGCAUUCUCUCAAACGUUACAACCUCAGAACAGAGACGCCUUCUUUAAAACAUUGUCAAACAUGGGCAUACUACCAGCGCUUGAAGUCAUACUGGGAAUGGAUGACGUCCAGGUACGCAGCGCCGCCACGGAUAUCUUCUCCUAUCUGGUGGAGUACAACCCUUCCAUGGUGCGAGAGUUUGUGAUGCAAGAGUCUCAGCAGAACGAUGAUGACAUCCUCCUCAUCAACCUGAUCAUCGAGCACAUGAUCUGCGACACGGACCCGGAGCUGGGCGGGGCCGUGCAGCUGAUGGGCUUGCUGCGAACCCUGGUGGACCCGGAGAACAUGCUUGCCACCGCCAAUAAAACGGAAAAAACCGAGUUCCUGAGCUUCUUCUACAAGCACUGCAUGCAUGUGUUGUCUGCCCCCCUGCUGGCCAACACCACAGAGGAGAAGCCCAGCAAAGAUGACUUCCAGACGUCGCAGCUGCUGGCGCUGAUUCUGGAGCUGCUGACCUUCUGCGUGGAGCAUCACACCUACCACAUAAAGAACUACAUCAUCAAUAAGGACAUCCUGCGUAGGGUCCUGGUGCUCAUGGCCUCCCAGCACGCCUUCCUCGCGCUCUGUGCACUGCGAUUCAUGAGGAAGAUCAUUGGCCUGAAGGAUGAGUUUUACAACCGCUACAUCAUGAGGAACUUCCUCUUUGAGCCAGUGGUGAAAGCCUUCCUCAACAACGGCUCUCGCUACAACCUCAUGAACUCAGCCAUACUUGAGAUGUUUGAAUACGUCAGAGUGGAGGACAUAAAGUCUCUGACUGCCCACAUUAUAGAGAACUAUUGGAAAGCACUUGAAGACGUGGACUACGUGCAGACUUUCAAAGGGCUGAAGCUACGCUACGAGCAGCAGAGGGAGAGGCAAGACAACCCCAAGCUAGACAGCAUGCGCUCCAUCCUGCGGAACCACAGGUACCGGCGGGACGCGCGCACCCUGGAGGACGAGGAGGAGAUGUGGUUCAACACGGACGAGGACGACCUGGAGGACGGCGAGGCCGUCGUCCCGCCCUCGGACAAGAUGAAGAGCGACGACGACCUCAUGGACCCCAUCACCAAGUUCAUGGAGAGGAAGAAAUUGAAAGAGUCGGAGGACAAGGAAGUCUUGGGAAAGGCGAGCCUGUCUGGGCGCCAGAGCCCCAGCUUUAAGCUGUCCUUUUCCAGCACCACCAAGCCCAGCCUCACCAGUCCAUCCCCUUCCAGCCACCACCCGGGCUCACCUGGGUCGCCUGGAUCCCCAGGUUCUGCAGGGUCCCCUGGGUCACCGGGCUCUGGAGCCAAGAACUCACCUCCGACGGCAGCUAUCACCACCAAGGGAGGGUUGGUUGGACUUGUGGACUACCCUGAUGAUGAUGAGGAGGAUGAAGAUGACUUGGAGAGUAAGGAAGAGAAUCCACCUUUAUCCAAGAAGUCCAAGCUGGGCUCUUAGAGUACUCCAGUCCUCUCACGCCUCGCCAUGGGCAUGAACAGCACCUACAUUGGAAUGUACCACAGGACAGCGUCACAAAGAAUUCCAUAAAUUAGGUGGAAAAGAAAUCCAAUUCAGUGUCAUGAAGAUAACAUGGUUUUUUUGUCAAGGUGGUGAGGUGUGAGGAGAAAGGAAUCUUGGGAAAACAUCUCCUUGUGAAACUGUCGUUCAAGUGCCAAUCUACGGAGGAAAUGGAGAGAAAAGAAAGACAUUCUUGAACACAAACAAAAACAAAAAUGCUGUGGGGGGAAAAUUACGGACAUGCCCAUAAGAGCUGUAGAGUUCGGACCACACUCACUGCCCCCCUCUCAGGGAUGGACAACACAGCAACCCAAAUGAGCCUGUGAAUCCAGAACCACCACUCACCCUUCACUGACUGAAGUCAGAGUAGACUUUUUUUUCCUUCCUUUUACUUUUUUUUUUUCUUGGACCAGACUUAGUCAACUGGAAGAAGAACAAGGCUGUUGUCACUGAUGUCAUUGUUUUCAUGCAGCAGAAAUUCUUCCUCUGAAAUGCCAGCAGUCUCCUAUCUCUUUGUUUUUUCUUCCUCUUUAAAUGAAAAAAAGACCUGCCUUUAAAUGUUCAGGAUGUUUUCAGUCGCACUUGAACAGGUUUUUAAAACCUCUGUAUGGGGAAUAGCCCCUGUUUUAUCCAUUUCUGUUUUUGCCCUUUGAAACUGCAGAUUUUUGGAAAUUUGUCAUCCCUUCUUGAUUAAAGAUUGAGUGGAAUUCUAGAUGUGAUUAUUUUGUCAUAUCUUUUUCUUUUCGUGAGUGUACACUACAGUAUAUUUGGGACCAUUAUAAAAAGAUUUGAUGUAAUAUAAUUUUCACUAUUGUGCUGGUACUUGCAUUGUUUUCAUUUUGCUUUCUUUUUUGUCCUGCGCCUCAAGGUAAUCCAGUUGUAAUGAGUCUGCUAAAGAAGUGCAUCCAGUAGCAAUACUAUUUUGUGACUGAAUAUUUUAUAUUGAACUUAAACAAAAUGUCAAAUUCCGUCCAUUACAAUAAAACA